GACCAUCCUCUCCUUAAUUGGAUUGAUCAUCGGGAAUUAUUCCUUCUUGAGAUGCUUCGCCACAAUGGAAGAGGUGAUGGUGUCUUGUCGACCUUCUGUGACACCUGUGGGAUCACUGUUGGUGUAUACCGCUGUAAGGAUUGUUUUGUGCCUGGAUUAUCAUGUCAGAUGUGUGUUGUUCGUGCUCACGCACAUUCACCAAUGCAUCGUGUAGAGAAGUGGAACAAUGAGUGCUUCCAAAAUGUGACUCUUAAAGAUCUGGGGCUUCGCGUGCAACUCGGUCAUAAGAUUGGUGAAUCAUGCUUGCUUCCCAACCAAGCAUUCAACAACAAUUUCAUCCUCAUCGACACCCUUGGCAUCCACCCUAUGGCCAUGGAUUUUUGUGGGUGCGACAGAGCACAAACUCACACCCAACAACUGUUACGUGUUGGUUGGUUCCCUGCAACAACCAGUGACCCGAGAACUGCAGCAACAUUUGGCAUGCUCUGGCAGUUCCACAUCUUGUCAUUUGAGUUGAAAGUUUCCUCAUACAAAUUUUACCAUUCUUUAGCUCGUCUCACGGACAAUACAGGCCUUCUGAAGUGCAAGGAUCGGUAUGAGGCAUUCAUGCGCAUGGUGCGUGAAUUUCGGCAUGUGAAGAUGCUGAAGCGAGCUGGCCGUGGACAUGAUCCUUCAGGCAUCAUUGCCACACAGCAGGGUGAAUGCGCGGUUUUAUGCCCAGUGUGCCCUCAGCCCGGGAGGAAUCUUCCUCAUGCUUGGCAACUUGCUCCAAAAGGAAAAAGAUGGUUAUAUGGCCUCUUUCUUGCAAUCAAUGCAAACUUUUGCCUGAAGAGGUGGAUAGUCUCAAAGGAUACUGUGGAUCCGAGUUUGUCCUGUGGGUGGGGAUACUUUGUUGACAAGACCACAUACAAGACACAUCUUACCAAUCACGGCAUGGGGUGUCUUGAGGGUAUAUGA